AAACGGGAGCGGGAGGCGGAGGCGGAGCGGUGCGGCGUCGCCAUCAGGCACGCGCCUGCGCAAGGCGUGCGCAACGGUCGGCGCGCAUGCAUCGCCGCAGCGCAGGCAGAGCUCCUUGCGCAGCGGCCGUGCCGCAGGCGUGAGGCAGCGCCCUUGCUUGCUGCGGUCAUCGCUCGGACAUAAGCCAGCGGCUCGGACACUUUUGGCGCUAUGCUCCGAGCAUGGGCCAGCGAGGCGGCUGCGGCUGCGGUGCCGUCGGAGGCGCGCGCCUGCCAUCAUGCGCGGCCCGCCAUCGCACCUCCGAGCAUCCUUCUCCGCCGCCACUAUCAACGAGCACCAGCAAGGGUCGCUGCUCCGUCGGACCCCGAGCAUCACGCAUGCUCCACUGCGCCGGAUCAGCUAUCCUGCUGCUUGUCCCUGGCAGCAAUGGUGAUGCGCGCUGCACGUGGCCGCCCCUCGACACCUCGGGUGCCUCCAUGUACUGCACACGCCCGACGAACGGUCAAUGACGCUGCUGUGCAGGCGUUAUGACGGGUGCUCCAGAGCCUCAGUCUCGGAGACUUGGCGAUGGGCCCGAGAUUCGCCAGUCCGCGGAUGUCGGGCGUCUUGCAGCCAGACCAACGUAGCCUGCAAGGGUGCCCUUGCCCAUCCUCAAUGCGCGCUCACCGCCCUCUGCGCAGGCCCCUGCGCUCGCUUGAGCUCUCCGCCCUUACAGCCGCGAUAUUAGCCAGGCUCUCGCCAAGAAUUGUGAUGGGUACCCAGACGAGGCUCGAGUACCUGACGGAGAAGGUCGGGAGCCGUGAUCUUGCCUUCAAGGCUGC